UCGCGGGAUGCUGGGAUACUGGUGGACUACUGUUCGACCUGACUGUCAUGGCGACCAAUUUUCAGCAAGUUUCCAGAAUUUCGUAAUCAAUCAAAUUAAAUAAGUCCGAGAUCUAGAAUCCAGUGAACUGUAACCUCCCCUUCUGUGGUGGAGAGGGUCCAGCCAGUUCUGUGGUCAGAGAUUGAAAAGGACCCUGUGUCAACUGAAGCAAUGGAAUGUGCUGUGAAUACUGCACUAGAUGAAGAAGAAGCCUCUGAUAAUAGUGCCGCUGUAGAGGUGUCUGUGACCAAGGAAGGGAGUGAAACUCCUCGGAAGAAAACAAAAAAGCAAAAAAAGCACAAAAGUAAGAAGAAGAGGAAGAAGCGCAAGUGUGAGAAAGAGAGCAGUUCUGAAUCUGAGGAAUCUGACUGUGGAAUGCAGACAAGAGCCAGAGCAAAGAAGACUGAAGGUCAUUUGACAUCAAAGGGAGGAGAGCAAAUUAAAAUAAAAGAUGAAACCUCAGGAAUCCCCAUACCAGACUUGCAAGGGGACGAUGGCAUUGUGAAGGCAAAAAAAACCAAACGACACACCGGGAGAAGAAAGAGGAGGGGUACGAAAAAAGAUGCCGAAAAAAAAGGAGAAAACAAAUCAGAAAGCAGUGCUGCUUCAGGGUCCGAGCCGGAAUCAGAAUGUAAGCAGUUAUUGGCUUCUGACAACACAGAUUUGGACCAAAAGACUGCCCUGGAUUCUUUGGAGGCAUCGAAAGGCCGGAUUAAGCCUCACCUUGAAGAAUCCGUUGAUACCAGAACUAUUAAGUCAGAGCCUUCUGUUGAAAAAACUAAAGACACCCAAUGCAAUGCUGAGGAGUUGCUUGAGAAUUUGGCAAAAGGUGAUGACCACUGUGAAACCACUAUGAAGACUGUGCAAUGCCGUGGAGAAAAUGGGAACUUUAGCAAAGUACAGGACUUGCCAGAUAUAAUUCCCAAACAAGAGAAUCUCCAGAAGGACGAUGCAAGCCUUUCUACAGAAUGUUCAAAGGAAACAAAUGGAGAUCAGAGGGAAAAGGUUGGCCAAUGUAGAGUGGAGAGUCCCCCUCCCUCACGAUCCCGGUCAAGAUCUGUCUCUGACACCAAAAGAGUAAAAUCAAGCCCAAGUUGCUCACCAAGCCCUCGUCGUUCCCUUGAUAAGUCAGCUUCUCGAAAGGAACGUUCUUCUUCUAGGGCUAGGUCUACAUCAGGACCCAGGAGAAGGGGUAGUCCUAAGAGGAAACCCUCAAGGUCACCAUCAGUAAAACGUAGGUCGAGGUCCAGAUCAGUCAGGAGGUCGGGACGAAGGUCUAGGUCCCUUUCUCCUAAAAGAACCCGCCGCUCUGUCUCCAGAUCGCGCAACAGAAACAGAAAGUCUAGAACCCGGUCACCACGGCAUGGCAGACGAUCAAGAUCUAAGUCCAUUGUGCGCAUGCGUCGCUCAAGAUCCAGGCAGUCUUUGUCACGCAGAAGGACUCGUAGGUCCAGAACGAGGUCACGCUCUGCAAGGAGAGGCAGACUCUCAAGAUCCCCGUCACGCACACGAAGGAGGUCGCCAGUAACCCGGUCUAGGAGGUCACGUUCUCGGUCUGUCAGGAGAAACAGGCGAACUCGAUCAAGAUCUCUUGUUGUUCUGCGACGGUCUAGGUCUCAUGCAAGGAGAGUCAGGAGAUCUAGGUCACGGUCCAUCCGUAAAAACAGGUCAAGAUCCAGAACACCAAGACGGCUAAGUAAAUCUCGCUCCAGGUCCCCAGCAAGACGAAGAAGAUCAAAAUCUAGGUCCCCACAAAGGGCUCGCUCUAAGUCAGCCAAACGCACCAAACGAUCAAAAUCCAGAUCCAUGUCACGGCAUGAACAUUCAAGGUCCAGAUCACCUGUGACGAGCAGCAGGCGGCUUAAAACAACCAAAAGAAGAGAGCGCUCAAGAUCAAAUUCUCCCAUCAGAGAUAAAUCAUUAUCUAGAUCUGUCUCAGAUGGCAGGAGGUCUACAGAACGGAGUCUUUCUCCGGCUGAACAGCGUUCUAAAUCACGCUCCCUUUCUAAAGAUGAAAAGUCAAAAGAAACUCAAAAGCUGAAACUUAAAAUAAAGAAAGGUGAUGAAUCUCCCUCACAUGGGAGUACAGGCAGUAGCUCUGAUGAGGACAUUGCAGCAUCACCUGCACCUGCAGGACCAUUGAAAAAAGUUCCAUUAGCUGAAAAAAGUGUCUCAGGCUCAUCAGAUGAGCAAGAUAUGGCAUCAUCUGAGGUUGAAAGAGAUGACUCUAAAAACUCAACUACUGCACCACGUGAUGGAGACAAACAAUCUACCUCACAUUUAUCUUCAUCUGAAAAGACAUCAUCUCUGGCAGUUUCCCAGGGCCAUCAUGUGUCUGAAUCAAACAGAAGGGAGGAUUCCCUUGACCGUGAUGGAUCAGACCAUUCAAGAGCAUCUUCACCAGGUAGUGCUAAACAUGAAGAAACAGGAAGAAAGUCAUCUAGUAAAAUAAGAACAAGCUUGCUAAAAUUGAGACAGUUGUCAACAUCCCCAUCACCUGCAAGGAAAAAGCAUUCGGAAUCUAGGUCUUCCUCCAGAAGAAGAAUCUCAAAAUCAAAAUCCCCUGUUCGGAAAAAACGCUCCAAAUCUAGAUCAUCCAGCCGAAGAAGACGUUUGAAGUCUAAAUCUCCACCAAGACGAAAAAGGUCAAGGUCUAGGUCCCCAGGAAGGAAACGCAAGUCUAGGUCUCCAUCUCGUGGAAGAAGAAAAAGAUCUAAAACAAAGUCACCUGCAAGAAGGAGAAGGUCACGUUCAAGAUCAACUGCAAGAAGGAGAAAAUCAAGGUCCAAGUCCCGUACUCGUGUAAAGCGUUCCAAGUCAAGAUCACCAAAAAGAAGACGAUCAAAAUCCCGAUCUCAAGGAAGGAAAAGACGUUCAAAGACAAGAUCACCAGCUAGAAGGAAGAGCUCAAAAUCCAGAGAUGACAGCAAGCGCUCCAAGUCUCGUUCUCCUGGCAGGAAGCGCAGGUCUCGUUCCCGAUCCACAACACGGAACCGCCGAUCGCGCUCAAGGAGAUCUCGUUCCGGUUCUCGUCACCGGAGGCCAGCAUUCCGUAGUCGAUCCUUUGAUCGACGAGAUCGAUGGAAACGUGAACCAAGCCACUCUCCAAUCCUUAUUCUUCGUAAAAGGAGAUCCACCUCUCGAACUCGCCGGAGCACCAGCAAAACGCCACCACGCCUCACUGAUCUUGACAAAGACCAGUUACUGGAGAUAGCAAAAGCUAAUGCUGCUGCUAUGUGUGCUAAGGCUGGAGUGCCUAUCCCGGAGAGUUUGAAACCUAAAGCCAUUCUCCAAUUGCCUCUUCCAACGCCAGCUCCUCAGCCUCUGUCAUUACCAUUGCCACUGCCCAUGAGUUUGCCAAUGAAUCUGCCCAUAGGAAUGCCAGGUAUGCCAGGGAUGCCCAACAUGCCCAUGAAUGCUGCCAUGGCAAGUAUGACUGCAGCUACAAUGACAGCAGCUCUUUCCAACAUGGGUGCGUUAGCUGCUAUGUCCCCAAUGCCACCACUUCCCACUAUUACCAACAAGCCACCUCCUGUGCCCACACCAAACCUUGCUAAUAUUGAAGAGGUGAAGAGAAAGGUGACUCAACAGGCCAAUAGCUUCAGCAUCAAGGAACUCACAGAGAAAUGCAAGCAAAUAGCAGCAUGCAAGGAGGAGAUGGCCAUAGCCAAACCCCACAUGUCUGACGAUGAGUGAUGAGAACCAGUCCCAGUCAACUUCUGGUCAUACCUCCUGACCACUUUUCUGUCCUUGAUGUAGACUUGCUGGAUUUGGUGAUUGCCUUUGUAGACAAUACUCAGAUGGAAUCAUUUCAAUAGAUCUUCAGAAAGUGGAACCUGACUGACCACAGUUUUGGGGGCCAGCAGUCAUCAACAGAUCUUAAAUGGCAGGUUUUCAUUACGCUUCUGGAGAAUAUUGACUGAAUUGACAGGAUUAUAAACGCAAGAGUACAUCUUAAUAGGAAUAGGAAAAGUGAAAGUGUCCAGUCAGUUUGAAAAUGUCCAGUCAUGCUUUGUCCAGUCAUGCUUUGUCAGGACACACAUGGUGGACGUUGUGAUGCGAGAAGUUGCUCUUUCAGGAACUACAAUUUUGUAUAAUUACAAGUGUCUACUUGAAGGAACUUAACAAAUAUUCCUCCAUGACAUUUUACUCAUAUGUUAACUGCCCAUUUGAUUGUAGUGCAAAAUUGUCUAAGACUUGGGAUAAAUUAUACAAAUGUUGUAAACCUGUAAGCUUUUAACCUUUUUUAAUUUUUUGUGUUCACUUUCCAUGGAUGGAUAGUAAAAUGUGGUCCUAGAUUAUAUGGCCUGUAGCUCAUUAAUCCACCUCUACUGUAAUGCUCUGUAAUGUUUGGUUGUACUGGUUUAAAUACAUGUAGAAUGGAGGCAGAAGAGCAAGCCUUGUUUUUCUUUUCUAAUUUUCAGAAACCCAGUAUUUAAUUGAAUUUGCUUGGUUGCAAAACUUGCUAUUGUGUUAUUGGGGAACUGUGCUUGCUCUGCUAGGAACAUUGUUUGAAUCCUUUUAAUGCAGGCAGUUUAAUUAUAAUGUUUCACUAGUGGUUACUUGAAGUGAUUGAGGAUAUUUCACUUGAUUUUAUCCUGGACGUGCAGUGGGACCUUAUAAAUUCAGAUUCUGCUUUUUUUCCCUUCUGUGGUUGGCAAAAGUAUAGUUUCAGGUUCAAUUUUCAGGUGAUUGACAUGACUGAACUAUACGCCAAGGUAGUAUCAUCCAAGUAUGAGAGAGCUGGUUUAACAUUUUUGGAGAGAAAUGACAAUCAGACUGCCAUGUUGUAAAUAUGGCCAGAGGGCAGAAACUAAGAAGAAAGAUACAUAGAUGAAUUGACCCCUGGACCGUAAUUUGUGCUGUGUUGAUGUUCAUUUCUGUGCGUUUUGUAUUUUGCCGUCUUGCUGUGUAGAAAAAGAACAAUUAGCCAAGGCUCACGAACAGUGUCCAUUUUAAAGGGACAAUUAUUAUUUAGUUUUUUUCCCCUUUUGUAAAUGAGUGCAGUCCCCAAGAAUGAGUGAAAUCUUCAGAAUGUAGUUACCAUUUUCACUCACUGUUUAUCUGCACCCUACACCGUCUUCUGAGGUUACUUUAUUACAGUUUGGUCUAUGAUAUUUGUACAGAAUAGAGAAGAAAAAGCCAGCUGUUUCCCCUAUACACCUGCAGACACUGAGUUAUUAACUGCUAGCAGAAGUUGCCAUGCACACCAUUAAAGCAAAUUAAUCAACCAGGUAUGUUUUGAUACCAGAGCAGGGAGUUUUACUUAGUCAUUUUUAUAGUUAGUAAAUCACACCAGUGGCUUGUCACUAGGGACAAGGAAAGAGAACACACUGUUAAUGAGAGUAUGGGACUGUGAGUAAAUCUAUAUUUACAUUGUAGAAUUAAGAAUCCUGCUCUGAAAACCCAUAGCUUUUCUUGUUUUAAAAACAGAUUUCAGUUUUUGCCCGAAAGUUAGUACCCUCAUGUGCUUGCUUUGUACAUAAUGCCAUGUUGAUUAUUAAAUGAAGCUACUAAAA